GAUGAUCCUCACUUAGGAAAAGCCAGGCAGAUCCAGGAAGGGAGGAGAGGGCUCUGCAUCCUCAUCACAUCCGAUGUCUCUGCUCCAGCCCCUGCAGCUUCCCUCCUGGGUUACAGAGCUUUGGAUGGGCUGAAGAACCAUGGCCCCAUCCCUGCCUGCCCUUCUGUGUCUUGAUUUACCUAGUGAGCAUGUUUCAGAUAAAUGGAAUCAUACAAUAUGUGGCCUUCUGUGGCUGGCUUCUUCUGGCACUCAAAUUAUGUGAGUGUGUGUCCUUAAGCAAAUGAGGACAGAAGAAAGUGACUGCCUGAAGAUGUGGCAUUACCUGCUCUGCGUGCAGAAGUGUGGCCUCCAGGAGAUGCUAGCAGGUGGUGCUUUUCUUCUCUGCUCAGGGCUGUGUCUGGGGCAGGUGGUGCAAGCACAGCUUGGUACCCUGCCCAAGCCCUCCCUCCAGGCUCUGCCUAGCUCCCUAGCACCCCUGAAGACGCAGGUGACCAUCCGCUGCCAGGGGCCUCCAGACGUGGACUUGUACCGCCUGGAGAAGCUGAGGUCCCGGAAAUACCAGGAUCGGCCUGUCCUCUUCAUCAAGACCAUGGAGGAAAGUUUCGCUGGGUGUUACCGCUGCUCCUACCAGAACGGGACCCUCUGGUCUCCCCCCAGCAACCAGCUGGAGCUGGUGGCCACUGGAGUUUAUGCUAAGCCCUCACUCUCAGCCCAGUCCAGCCUGGCUGUGUCCCAAGGAGGGGAUGUCACUCUACGAUGUCAGAGUAAAUACAGUUUUGACCAAUUCGCUCUGUACAAGGAGGGGGACACUGAGCCCCACAAGCAAUCUGCAGAACAGUACUGGGCCAAUUUCCCCAUCACCGCAAUGACUGUUGCCCACAGUGGGAUCUACCGAUGCUAUAGCUUUUCCAGCAAGUUCCCGUACCUGUGGUCAGCCCCCAGCGACCCCCUGGAGCUUGUGGUAACAGGGACUUCUGUGACCCCCGGUUUGUUAUCCAGAGAACCACCUUCCUCUGUGACAGAAUUCCCAGAAGCCUCCAGAAAACAGAGCAACUUGCACCUCAACAAGAGCUCCACAAUUGUGCCUUCUAGGACUAUCACUGUCUCUCCAAAGGGGUCAGACUCUCCAACUGGUCUUGCUCACCAGCACUACACCAAGGGCAAUCUGGUCCGGAUAUGCCUUGGAGCUGUGAUUCUAAUACUCCUGGUGGGAAUUCUGGCAGAAGAUUGGCACAGCAGAAAGAAACCCCUGUUGCUCCGGGUCAGAGCUGUCCACAGGCCACUCCCACCCCUCCCACAGACCCAGAAACCACACAGUCAUCAGGAUGGGGGUCGACCAGAUGGCCAUAACCAUGGGUCCCACCAUUAGAACUUCAAGGCUUGGUUGUGUCUAUGAGGUAGGGAGUGUAAAGACCAUGCUUGGAGUGUGUGGAACAUAAGAGCAGGAAGAUAGGGGUUAUGACUGUAGAGAAGGAGGGUCACGGGUCUUCUCUGUGAUGCCCCAUAAAGGAGUUGUUGAUGUCUA